UGGAACGAAGGUAUAUAUAGUGUAUAUGGGAGCACUUCCUCCUAACGGGGACUACUCGCCUUCAUCUCACCACCAAAAUAUCCUCCAACAAGUUAUUGGAACAAAUUCUGUGGGAGAUUCGUUGGUCAGAAGCUAUGGAAGAAGUUUCAAUGGCUUUGCAGCCAAACUCACUGAAGCCGAAAGAGAUAAGCUUUCUGGCAUGGGAGGCGUGGUGUCGGUGUUCGAGAGCAGGGAUUUGAAGCUUCAGACGACGAGAUCGUGGGAUUUCAUGGGGUUUGGCGGCACGUUCAAGCGUAACCCGAAGACCGAGAGCGACAUGGUGAUCGGUGUUAUCGACACUGGAAUCUGGCCCGAAUCUCCGAGCUUUACGGAUAAAGGCAUCGGCCCUCCGCCGAAAAAGUGGAAGGGCGUUUGCAAAGGAGGCUCAAACUUCACCUGCAACAACAAGAUUAUCGGAGCACGAUACUAUGUCGAUUCCUCCGCACGGGAUAACGAGGGUCACGGGACGCACACAGCUUCGACUGCCGCGGGUAACGAAGUACAAGGAGUGAGUUUCCACGGCUUUGCACAAGGCACGGCGAGAGGCGGUGUCCCUUCGGCAAGGAUCGCUGCAUACAAAGUCUGCGAGUCCAUUCUCUGCGACGACGCCGCCAUCUUGGCCGCGUUCGAUGACGCCAUCGCGGACGGUGUCGACAUUAUAUCGGCUUCCCUCGCAGGAAAGCCUGUCAGUUUCGACAAAAGCACCAUUUCCAUCGGAGCAUUCCACGCGAUGGAGAAAGGCGUUUUGACCGUAAACUCCGCUGGAAACGACGGCCCUUAUCCCUCGUCGAUCGCCAGCGUGGCGCCAUGGAUGUUAUCGGUCGCAGCCAGUAGCACUGACCGGGAAUUCGCGACAAAGGUUGUUCUCGGAAAUGGCACGACUUUACUCGGAACAUCAAGCAUCAAUGGCUUUGGAAUGAAUAACACAAAGUUCUCUUUGGCAUAUGGAAGAACACCUGCAAGUUUUUGCUCCGAGGAAGAAGCAAGGAUGUGCGAGUUCCGUUGCUUGAGAGAGGCCAAGGGAAAGAUCGUUGUGUGCGACGUAAUUAACGGAGAAGAUGUCGCUGCGGAUGCUGGGGCCGUCGGACUAAUCGUGAAAGAACCCGACUUCCCGAUCAUUUCCAGCAGUAUUCCGAUAUCCGCCUUGAAUGACGACGACUACAAAUCCCUCUUGGCUUACAUCAAUUCAACCGAAAACCCGCAAGGGAGUAUACUGAAAAGCGAGACGAUCAAAGACACGAGUGCACCUCUUGUUGCUUCCUUCUCUUCCCGCGGUCCGAACUCCAUAGCCAGCGAUAUCUUAAAGCCGGAUAUAACAGCUCCUGGGGUGAAUAUAAUAGCUGCAUAUUUGCCGUAUUUCAAGUACUAUUUUUCGUCCGGAACGUCUAUGUCUUGUCCCCACGUUGCUGGUGUCGCGGCUUACGUUAAGACGGUCCAUCCCGAAUGGUCAGCUUCCGCUAUCAAAUCCGCUAUCAUGACAACUGCAUGGGCGAUGAAUGGUUCAAGAAACAGAGGAGCAGAGUUCGCGUAUGGAUCCGGACAUCUCAACCCGACAAAAUCUGCUGAUCCAGGACUCGUUUACGAUGCAACAAAGGACGACUACGUGAAAAUGCUCUGCGCUAUGAACUACACGACAGAAUCUGUAAGGAUCAUCGCUGGAAAUAGCUCAAGUUGUCCUAAAGAAUUGAACUCGAACGUCAGAGAUCUCAACUACCCUUCGAUGGCAUCUAAAGUGUCGACAGCUUCUCCUUCGGAAAUCGUGUUUUCGAGAACAGUGACGAACGUGGGGUGGCCGAAUUCAACAUACAAGGCGGAGGUGACGUCUGAUCCGAAACUGAAAGUCACUGUCGAGCCGGAAAGCCUCGUGUUUGGAUCGGUCGGAGAGAAGAAGUCGUUCACUGUCACUGUCGCUCACGAAAACCUUUCGGACGUGAAGGGUCCAGUUUCCGCAUCUCUUGUUUGGUCCGACGGCUCUCAUGUCGUGAGGAGUCCCAUUGUUCUUUAUUCCUCUUUACCAACCGAUAUUUGAAUAAUUGUACCCAGCUCUCUAAUCAAAUUCAAAGAUAAACACAGCUUUUUAUUUGUAAUUUGAUACUUUUAAUUCGAAUAAUUAUGUCAAAAACAUCAUAUUCUGCA